AAAAUGUAAUCCACAUCCUAAUUUCCCAAGUGGACGGACUGGUUCAACCUAGCUGCAUAUAAUGCCAUUAAACUGAAAUUUAAAAGAAAAAAAAAAUGAAGUCUAUCAACUGCUACCAUACUACUACACCACUUCAUUGGUCAUCAAAUGCUAGACAAUAUUCACUACCAUGUGGGUCUAACUUUGCAAGAAACAACUUUUACCUGCCAUUAUUAGUAAAUCCUGCGAGGACCAAGUCGUCGUCGACCAUGGCAUCAAUGGGCGCCGGUAUCACCUCAUCAGUGGUUCUUGCAGUCAAUUCACCAGCUACCACAGGAGAUUUGUCAGUCUUGAUUCCUACAAGCGCAGUGUUCCUGUUUCUUUACUGGAUUGCCAACUUUGUAGUGCCAGAAUUCGUUGUGAAGGAUCUAGAAUCUCAAGAUGCAAGUAAAGAGCGUAGCCAAAACGAGAAAGAAAGCAUUACGUUAAGCAGAACAACUAACUCGGAACCAAAAAAAAAGGGAUUUCAAAGCACAAAGUGAUUCAGUUACUUCAAGAUUUCAUUCAUGUAAUUGUGUUUUGAUGAUAUAAUAUACAGUUACUUUGUUGUAUAUGAAAAAACAGAAUCCCAUCACUCCCCAAGAAAUUAAAUUUAGCUCAUUAAUUCAUAUAAAAUUUACAGUAA